GCCACCCAUGAGGUCUUGACUCAAUACGCUGCGCCAACAGACUGCGCGGUAGAGGCAACACGUUUCAGGGACCCCACAACACUAACUAGGCGCAUGUUAAUAACUACAUAGCUAUUGAUCGCCUAACGUUUUGCAAGUUAUUCUGCAGGGUUGUCUUCAAUUCCAACAUGGGAAAAAGAAGCAGACAGAGACAGAAAAACCAGUCUUCGGGAGUGGGACGAGACAACAGAGACAAUGGUAGCUGGGGAGCCGGCUAUGCUGAUAUCGUUAAGGAGAACCAACUCUUUGAAGACUACUACAAGGAGCUGGGUUUGGUGCCGGAAGGGGAGUUUGAACAGUUUAUGGAUGCCAUGAGGGAACCUUUGCCUGCAACCAUUCGCAUCACUGGAUACAAGAGCCAUGCCAAAGAGAUUCUUCAUUGUCUCAAGGAGAAGUACUUCAAGGAGAUCCAGGAGGUGGAGAUUGAUGGUGUGAAGCUGGAGGCUCCGACGCCUCUCAGCUGGUACCCAGACGAGCUGGCAUGGCAAACCAACAUGAGCAGGAAGAUCAUCAGGAAGUCUCCACUGCUGGAGAAGUUUCACCAGUUCCUGGUCAGCGAGACGGAGUCGGGUAACAUAAGUCGUCAGGAAGCGGUCAGCAUGAUUCCUCCUCUCCUGAUGAAAAUCGAAUCACACCACAAGAUCCUGGACAUGUGUGCCGCCCCAGGCUCCAAGACCGCCCAGCUGAUCGAGAUGCUGCACGCCGACAUGGACGUGCCUUUCCCAGAGGGCUUUGUGAUCGCCAACGACGUGGACAACAAGCGUUGCUACCUGCUGGUGCACCAGGCCAAGCGCCUCAACAGCCCCUGCAUCAUGGUGAUCAACCACGACGCCUCCAUCAUCCCGUCCCUGCAGGUGGCCACCGACGGCUGGAGGGAGGCGCUCUUCUACGACCGCAUCCUCUGCGACGUGCCCUGCAGCGGAGAUGGCACAAUGAGGAAGAACAUAGACGUGUGGAAGAAGUGGACCACGGCGAACAGUCUGCACCUCCACGGGCUGCAGCUGCGUAUCGCGAUCCGCGGCGUGGAACAACUGGCCGUGGGCGGGCGGAUGGUGUACUCCACCUGCUCCCUCAACCCCAUAGAGGACGAGGCGGUGAUCGCCGCCCUGCUGGAGAAGAGUGAAGGCGCUCUGGAGCUGGCCGAUUGUUCUGCUGACCUGCCCGGUCUCAAGACGAUGCCCGGCGUCUCCAGCUGGAAGCUCAUGACCAAAGAGGGCCAGUGGUUCAACGACUUCUCUGAGGUCCCCUCCAGCCGCCACACCCAGAUCCGCCCCACCAUGUUCCCGCACACGGACAAAGACAAACUGGCCAGCUUCCACCUGGACAGAUGCAUGAGGGUCCUGCCUCAUCACCAGAACACGGGGGGGUUCUUCCUCGCUGCCUUGGUGAAGACGGCUCCCAUGCCAUGGAACAAAAGAGCCCCCAAGCAGGCGAGGAAGGAGCCCUCCGCAGCCCCCGCCCCCGUCCCAGCAGAGGCCGCCCCGCCCACAGAAGAGGUCCCCCCCGUGGGAGGGGAGGACGCCCCCCAGGGGGACCAGCCCGCCCCGGCCCGGGAGGCUGCGUGUGGGCCUCCACCUCACAAGAGGAAAAAGAUGUUCGGCUUCAAAGAAGAUCCCUUUGUGUUCCUCAGUGAAGACGACCCGGUCCUAGCUCCUAUUCAGUCCUUCUAUGACCUGUCCCCAAACUUCCCCAAGCUCAAUGUCCUGACUCGGUCCCACGAGGGAAAGAAGAGGCACCUCUACAUGGUGUCUAAAGAACUACGAAACGUCAUGCUCAACAACAGCGAGCGCAUGAAGGUGAUCAACACUGGAGUGAAGGUCUGGUCCCGCAACAGCGACGGGGAGCAGUUUGGCUGUGCCUUCCGCCUGGCGCAGGAGGGCAUCUACACGCUGUACCCAUACAUCCGCUCCAGGAUGGUCACGGUCAGCGUGGAGGACAUCAAGGUCCUGCUCACCCAGGAGAACCCCUUCCUCAGCAAGCUGCAGAGCAAAGCCCACGCCCAGGCCAAGAGCCUAGGCAUGGGGAGUAUCGUGCUGAGGUACCAGCCCAACCCAGAGGAGCCGUUGGAGCCCCAGUGCCCCAUCGAGCUGUGCGGCUGGAGGGGGAAGACGUCCAUCCGCGCCUUCGUCCCGCGCAACGAGCGCUUCCACUACCUGCGCAUGCUGGGAGUGGAGGUGUUCCGCGACAAGUCGGGCCAGCGCGGAGCGCCGAGGGAGGGCGGAGAGGAGCCGAAGGAGGGGGGAGAGGAGCCGAGGGAGGGGGGAGAGGAGGUGGAGACGAAGGAGGACACCGAGAUGGCCAGUGGGGACAUCGUGGGGGACUCUGAAGGAAAGAUGGAAUCGGACCAACCCUGACUGGGACAGGGAGGCGGAUGCCAGGGCGGGGUGCCAGGUGCCCUCGGGCAACCCCAAAUGUCUUGAGGAAAUUAUAAUGAACUAUUAUAGCGGGAUUCUCCCAAUUAAGGAUUGGACUAUGUAAUACUUGAUCCCUCAAAUGAGCUGGGCGUUCUAUUCCAUACUGCGCCGUUUGUUUUAUUAUUUUUAUUUUUAGUAGAAACUAUUCCACUUUUAAAGUGGCCGCAAUGUUUCAGUUUGUGUUGUAUACGGUUAAAGAAUGGUUUAUUUUCUGCCGUUUUACUUUUCUAUGCCUGUAACUGUUGAAGAACACGAGGUGUUGAUUAACAAGACGAAACAUUAAAAUCCUUACAUUUCGUCCGUUCAUAGCCUUUUGUAUUUCUCCAAGUCACACAUGCCAAAGAUGAAGCAGAAUGUGAUUGUGCAAAGAUCGAAUUUAGACAAUAUAAUUUUGUCCCCCGAAAUGCUUUGGGUGCAUGGACCAACUUUUCAAUCUAUUAAAAAGGCGUUAUUCAACUUGG